GAAAUUCAAAGUUAGAAAACCGCCAACAAUCGAUGUGUAAACUCAUGAAAAGUUUUUAAAAGUUUAAUAUGCUGACUUUGCCAUAUUUGCAAUGACCUUGAAACAGAUUUUUGUACUGUUGAUAUGGUGUAACAUUUGUUUGGGGCAAGAUGUGUUUGUUAACCGGUGUCAUGGCAACAAGAAAUGCAAGGAGAAAAUUAUCUUUAAUGUUACUGUUAAUACACAGCUUAAGAUGAAACCAGACUAUUUAAAGAUACUUAGGAUAACAGAAAAAGGAAAUGGAAAAAAUUUCACCCUAAUAAACCCAGUUAUACUCAAGAUCAAGAGCUAUCCACCAAAACUAAUAUAUCCACUCAAACUAGUACAGAUAGUUAACAGUAAACCCUAUGAAGUAUUUUACCACAAAGACAAUACAGAUUAUUACCCAGGAUGCAAUGCUAAUUUAUUGGAUCAACAGUGUGGACAAGGAUUCAAGGGAUUUUGCUGCAAUUGUGACAACAGAAAGGAGAAUAACCCUUAUCACAUGAGAGGAGGGCAGGAGUGUAGUACAAAUGUUUCUAGUACACAUUGUAUUCAGUAUGAUCCAUUAUGGUACAGUUUGAAUGAAUUAGAGAAACCAACCCUAUACCAUGAUGUUGUUAUAAGUAUGACUGAAACAGGGAACCAUCAGGUAGCGAGUACACAAGUAGGAAGUACUAAUCCAAGUGGCCAUGCUAUCAAAGAGUCAAAGAUUUCAGUCACCUACUCAUUAGUCAAUUAUACUGACAGUGAUUUACUGAAAUACAAAAGGAAUGUUCUACUGAUUCCACAAACAGCUAGUGAAGAAAAGUCUCAGUUCAUGUUGAUAAAUAAAACAUGGAUAGGGGAGGAGUGUAAUGAGAUUGGUGUAUCACUAGAAGCAUUCAAUAACCAAUCAGAUAAAUGUCAUAAAUCAGCACAAAGCUGUUUAGAAAACCAACCAAUGCAGUUCUGGUUAGAGGAUAUGGAAAGAAAGAUGAAAAAGACACCCAGAGAGUACUUUUUACAGGAUAGGAUCAGAGGUGUUCCAAAGAUAAUAAAGUCAGAUAGAUUUCAAUGGUCUUUGGUUGUACCAAUAUCUAAUGUCCAGUCUAUACUGUCAAUUUCAAUACCAGCUGAUGACCUUCUUAUAGUACUCAAACAGUUCACACAGGUAAUACGAGAGAUAGAAUACACAGACAACAGUCAGACAGAGACAUUAUAUAUCAUGUUAUAUAACCAGGGCUAUGUAAUGAAGGAUGUUUCUGUACAGCUACAGAAUUGUAAUGUCACUAUUAUGGGUGAGGUCUCUAAAUCAAUACAGUUACCACCACACAAGACACAACACGCAGAACUACCCUUCAAGACUGGGAUUACAGAUGGAGUAUUUUCUUGUACAUUACAAGUUGCUGGUGAAAACGAUGUAGACAAAUGGGAGAUAACUCUUCAUAAGUAUCGGCAAUGUAUUUGUUAUCCCUACAGAAAGUGUAAUGUGAGUAUAAAAACAUCAUCAAUGUUAGGCGGUUUCAAAAAAAAUUGUGGUGUCCAUGGUUACUACAGACAUACAGUAAUGGCCAGUCUAGGAAUCUUCCCGGGACCAUUUGACCCAUUGUUCCUGUUAUGUGUGUUGAUUAUAUUGCUGUUCAUCAUAGGUUUGGUUAAAGCAGUGCUGUCUUUGUGGUCACCAAUAUCUAUUGGAGAGUCUGGACUUUGUCUUUUUACCAAGACCAGGGUACUGACAACUUACCAUGAGCCAUCACUGAUGAAGUAUGAGGUUAUAUACAAUGAGAGAGGCAUACCAGUCGAUCCUCUCACGAAGAACCCUGUGCAGAUUCUCCCUACCUCUGAAAUAUUUUUGUUGAACCUGUGUUUUGGUUACUACCUCUUGGUGAUUGGUUUACAUUGGUUGAUGUUGAGGAUUUUAGGGCUGGAUACUAGAUACCAGUACAAGAGAGAGGCUAAAUCUUGGCAUCAGAAGCUGAUCACUCCUGUGACCUCCCCUAUAGACGAUUCUCCUGCUGAUAUGGGAAUACAUUACAAUGUAGACCUGAGUGGAAGAGCAGACGACGUUAAGAGGAAAUUGUUUUGCUCCACUGACAAACAACUUGUUUAUGAACAGUAUAAAAAACAGAAGAAAGAAUUACAGAAAUUUUUGAAGAAUUCUGUUGAUGAGAAAGAAAAAGAUGAUUUAAGAAAAGCCAGAAGAUCUGCUGUUAAAGGUCUUCGAAGAACUUUGAACAGAAAAAUACCAAUACAGGCACUUCUAGAUCUUGACCAUGUUUUCUUUAACUACCAAAGACAAUCAACUAUUUUGAAGAACUCCGGGCAAUGUUAUAGUUUAUGUGGAUUAUUGUCUAGAAAUGGUAGAAGAUAUAAGUUUGAGUUAGGACCAUACAAUGUACAGAUGUGUGAAAAUAUACAAGGUAAAGCAAGGAAGCUAGUGAAUCCUCAACAAAUUGUUCAUCCGUUACAGUUCGUAACCGAAAUGAAUGCCACAGCCGUACACCAAUACAUUACCACAGGGCCACUCUAUCCUUGUCUAAAUACACUUAUUACAUUCAAGUAUAACAAACAUUGA